AUGGCGAGCCUCCCAACCGUCAACGGCGUGCCGGUGGUCAUGCCGCCACCCCCGGGCUACGUCGUCGACUUCGAGAAUCCCCAGCGCAACAGCGUGACCGAGGCAUAUUGGAUGUGCGCCAUUGGCAACUUUCUCUGCCUGCUUUUCAUGUUGCAGCGUGUCUAUGUCAGGGCCGUCGUGCAGCGAACCUUCCAAUGGGAAGACGUCAGCCUUGGAGUUGCAUACGUAUUCUCGGUGGUGCUACAGGCGUUGAUCAUCCGUGGUUUCGCGCGAGGCAUUUUGGGCACCCACUCGUGGGAGAUGCCUAUCGACAAGUUCGUCCUAUUCCUCGAGGUCCUGUAUCAGCUUCCCAUCCUAUACAACCCGGUACAAUGCGGCGCCAAACUCGCGCUUCUCCUUCUCUACCGCCGCCUGGCGCCCCAGAUGUGGUAUAAAAUAACCGUCUGGUUUGUUGGCUUUGUGGUUGUUGGGUCAUCGGUGGCCAUUCUGUUUGCUACCAUCUUCCCGUGCAGUCCGCUGCGGUCGGCCUGGGAUCUUACCAUCACCAACGGUACCUGCAUCGACCGUCCGGCCUUGUACCAGGCAACAGCCAUCUUGGGCGCCAUCACCGACCUCAUGGUUCUUGCCGUCCCUAUCCCCAUCAUUGUCACUCUGCAAAUCUCCCGGAAGCAGAAGAUAGUUCUUGUCGCGGCGUUCAGCAUCGGCGGAGUAACUGCAUUCACGUCAAUCAUGCGACUUGUGGCGCUGAUCAACCAGAUGGGUGACAUCGACCAGUCGUGGGGGGGAGGACCGGUGCUUCUGUGGAUCUUCGCGGAGACCAACCUCUCGAUCAUCUGCGGCACGUUGCCAACGGUCAGACCUCUUCUCAGCCACAUCGCGCCUCGUUUCAUGGGCUCCAGCUCCAACAACGGGCAAUACGUGGCGAAGAGCGGCAUGUCCAACCCCAACGCCCCGCCAACCUUUGGUGGCACCGGCGGAAACACGAGCCGGAACCGCAGUAACAAGUACGAGCGCUUCGACGACGAGAUCAUGUAUCCGCUCGAGACAAUUGUUGCCGUUGAGGGCGCCGACGAGCACGGGUCUGAUGCGGGUCAUCGCGGCGACAGUCAGGGCGACAGUGGCUCCGAGACAGCCAUCGUGCCGGGAAACCCUGCUAUCGUGCAAACCAAGACGACAACCGUCUCAUACGAGUCUCGGCACUGA